AGAAUUGGGUCAAUCAUUAUAGUUUCUUUGUACAAAGAAAAUAAGUCAAUUAAACAUGUCUCGUUUCGCGGUUGUGUUUUUCUGCAUCCAGGUUCUCCUGAUUCAGGCCGCUUUCAGCCAAGUAUGCGGUUGUAACCAGUACUACUCAUCCGGCCUGAGCUCACAGAGCUGCGGUUCGUACGGCGGCACCGGCACCGGACAGGUGGGCGUGUCCGGCAACAUCGACGCGUGCGGCAACACCUGCGUGCAGGGAUCCGUGCCCGUGCUCGGCGCCGUCGACUUCGGCGGAUGCGUGCCCGCCUGCGGAUCCGUGUCCAUCUGCGGACAGUGCGGAUGCGGAUGCCAGUGAUUUUUGUAUUUGACUCAAAUUAAUAAAACAAAGGAAAUGAA